CCUGCGAGGUGGAGUUGAGUGUUGAGACUCACACCAGAACACGAGCAGGACCGGUGAGACGCGCGGACAGGAGCAGAACUGAGGGUCCAACUGCAGCAGACAUCAUGAGGACGCGCUGGUGUUUCACACUUCUGUGUUUCCUGCUCGGCGGUUUCAUCGACUCCUUGUCCUCAUCCUCUGUCACCCACAUCCAGUCCAUCACCACGAAGGUGGGGAACCAGGCGGUGCUUCCCUGCAGCUGGAAGUCUCGUCUGGGGGAGGAGGCUCUGCCCACCUGCCACAUCCAGUGGGCGACCCCGGUCGACACGGUGUUCGAGCUGCGCGGGGAGCAGAAGUAUGAGGCGGAGGAGUUCAAGGGCCGGGUGGAGGUUCCCGAGGAGCGGCUGGGGUCCGGGGACUGUUCCCUGAUCAUCAGCGACGUUCAGAUCGGAGACACGGGGAGAUACGAGAGCUUCAUGGUGGUGGACGGAGCCAGGACCAAAAAGACCCGAGUCUUCAUCCAGAGCAUCAAGCUGUCGGUGUUCGACCACAAAUCUCGUCAGUCUCGAGCUCCGGGUGACGACCUGGUUCUGGAUCUCUACACCCGUCACUCGAGCAGGGUGCUGUUCCAGGGCAGGAACAGUUCGCAGUGGGCCGACCUGUGGAUGAGGGGCGACGAGGACAGCGAGCGUCUGGAGAAACACCCUCACAGAGAGCAGCUGACGAUGAGGAAGCUGACGAGCUCGGACGAAGGAACGUACAAAGUUCUGGAUGAACACGGCCUCGCUGUCAGCACCGUGCAGCUCUCUGUGGAAGGUGAGAGGCCAACCGGAUCUCCAGAACAAUCGACAGCUUCCAGAUUCCAACAGAAUCGGGAAAAUCAGGCGCCAGCAGGUGACGCCGUCAGAAGCAGUGGCUCAGACCUCCUCGUCCUGUCCGCCGUCAUCAUCACUUUCCAGAUUCUUCAUCUGCUCUGAGAAAACGUGUUUUGACAUGAACUUCUGUUACCACUAAAACCAUUUGCACUUAUAACCAGUGCAACGCGUGAAGCUGGUCGUGUUUCUGAAGCGAGUCGGGUGAGUUCAGACCAGAGUGAAGAUCUGAGUGUGUUUAAAGGAAUAGUUCAACAUUUUAAGAAAUCAGCCUCCCUGGUCAGAGUCACAUGAGUCAAAAAGCAGUUUUGAUUUCUGCAACAACUUAAAUGAUUUCCACUGAGGAGAACAAAAAGUGCUUUCAGUUCUUUGUGAUGUUGUUUUAUUUGUUUUACGAGGAUGCUCUUCUCACAAGAAAGUUGUUGUGUUGCUGUUCUAUUGUUUCAUCAGUGUUGUAAAAAAAAUAUCCAAGAGUCAAACCUGAGUGAAAAAGUGAAGAUUUUCUGUAAAAGUCAGCCAAAUGAAGAGCACUUUGGUCAAAACCUUAAAGUAUCUGAUGUUAAGUAAAUUAGACGUAAAUUACAUGAAGCUUUUUUCUCCAGUCGCAGGAAAAACUAAAGUCACUUAAAAAGACACUACUUUGACUCAGAUGUAAUCUGGGAAGCAACAAGUAACUAAAGUCAUUAAUAAAUUUAGUGGAAUUAAAAGUACAGUUGAAGUCAUUUAGCUUAAUUUAGCAUAAAGACUGUAAGCAGAGGGAAAUUGCUAGCCUGGCUCUAUCUACCAAGUUCAGAAACACAAAUACAAACAACUCUGAAGAUAAAUAAUUAACAUGCAGUGACUCAUUUAGUCUAAACGACGGCAUGUUAGAGACAUUGUAGACGGAAACAAUUACAGGUAGUAGGAGGAAGAUCGGGAAACGUAUCUGUGAUUAAGUGCAAAACAACAAUAUAACUUUCAACUUUAAUCUUGUCCUCUGAAUAUUACCCUCCUCUUCCCCCAGUUCAGAUUUACUUUUUUUUUUUGCCUAUAAUGUCACUACAUGCCGUCAUGGUUUAAUCUCACGUGUAAAAAGACAACAGUCGAGGAAUGUUAAGAACAUUGUAGAGGAGGGUCAUUGAGAAAAAAUUUGAUUUCUGAGAUUAAAGUGGUAAACAUAUGAGAAAAACUUACACAUUUAUGAGAAAAAGCUCAAAAAGAGCUGAUUGAAUGAGAAACAAUUAUUAUAAUAUCUGAAAUUAAAGUCACAAAUGUAUUGUGAAUUUACAUCUUUAAUCUUGGUAAUUCUAAUCUUUCUUUAAUCUUUGUCCUCUUGAAUAUUAUCCUCCUCUUCCCCCAGUUCAGAUUUUUAACCUUUAAUGUCACUAACAUACCGUCGUAGUUUAACCACACAUGUGAAAGACAAAAGUUCAACGCCCACCACUGCCUCAGUCUGUUCACCCUGCUGCUGUCUGACAGAUGCACUCGCUGUGCUGUCAGAUGACAGCACCUUCACUCCUGUUGUCUGACAGAUGUACUCGUUGUUGUGCCGUCAGACGACAGCACCUUCACUCCUCUCAGACUGUGAGACUCCUGAAUUUAUCCUCUAAACUCCCCUGUGAAUAUUUACUGGCAAGUUUUUUAGUUUUUGUUUUGUGUGUGUUUGCACAUUCAGGAAGUACCAUUAGCAAAAGUUCAGUUAGUUCUUCAAAAGUCACAUUUUCUUUUAAAUGGAGAAUUCUUGAAUAUUUAUGUGGUGUAGCUUCAUUAGAGGAUAGGUUGACGACAUCUCUCAGAGUGAACAUCUGAUGCUGAGUGAAGAGACAAUAUCAUAAUAAUCACAUUAUACCAGCAUGUCUGAUCAGAACAAUCAAGGGCCAUGUUAAAACUUCUUUCUAUAGAACGUUUUGUACUCCGUUUAACCAACUGUUCUUUAAACUAAUCAAAUGUGAAUCUUGUUCGAGCUCGACAGCCACAGAUUUACUUCAUUAUUCUCAAUAUUUGUCUGUGUAGGACUGAUGUGACCACUCAUCAUUACAGUGUGUAGAAACAAUUUGUACAUGUAGUGUCUUGAGAUAUUUUGUGUUUCUGUACAGUGAUUAAAUUAUUUGCAGUUAUCUCUGUCUCGACUCCACCUUGAAUCAAACAAGGUGAAAAUAAAACACACAGACGUAUUGUA